AUGGAUGAUCAUGAGAUCAAACGCCUGGGACAGAAGCGUGACCUAGGACCUCAUGCAUUCGAAGAUCAUAUGCCCGAGCAUAUACAUACCCUCCUGGCCGCCGAAGACCACAGCAACGAUCUACCAAAUGUGAUUCCCAAGCUCGCCCAGCUACUCCAUCACGACAAGAAAGUUGCGGUUGCGUACCUCUGCUAUCAGGGUGUCGUACAGAUCCAUAAGCUACCGGACGAAGGCCCUCAUUUUUGCGGGUACAGGAACCUCCAGAUGAUUUGCCUUUCAUUAGCUACGAACACCUCUGUCUCCAUCAAGGCAGAAGUGCAGCAGGACUUGGGUCGAAAGCUUACGGUUCUUGGAUUGCAGGACCGUAUAGAAGCAGCCUGGGACCGUGGCUUCAAUCCUCAUGGUCGCAUUCAGACCGGUGGCAUCAGAGGGGCAAGAAAGCACAUCGGCAGCUCGGAAGCCGAAGCUCUGCUCCUGAGCAUGGGUGUCGAAUGCACCGGCUCUGCUUUCACAGGCUCGACCGCAUGGUCUGACCUCUUGAACUUCGUGGAGAAGUACUUCAACCCCAGCCCAACGGACUUUUCAUCUGGGCAACAAGCCAACGUGCAUAUUACGGACCGCCCGCCAUUAUUCCUGCAGAGACCUCAGCAUUCUAUCACCAUCGUCGGCAUUGAACGUUUAGCUUCGGGCAAGAGGCGAUUGUUCGUCUUCGACCCGGCUUGGAAGCCUCCUGCUACUAUGCGAAAGGCUCAGCUGGACGAUGCUGAUCUGAAGGGAUGGAGGAGGAAGUAUGUUUUUGGGAUGUACAGGAAGGGAGAGAGAUAUUUGAGGAAGUGGAAUGAGUUUGAGGUUGUUAGUGUGCAAUGCACCAACGAUACUGCAUGA